AUGGAUGAACCUAGUUCUCCUCUAAAUCAAACUAUGCAUAGAGACAUCACUGAAAGACUCCUGUAUCUCACUGCAAGUAGACCGGACAUCAUGCUCAGAGUUGCGUUCUGUGCAAGGUUUAAGUCAAAUUCAAAGGAUUCUCAUCUGAAGGCUGGUGUAAGAAUUUUAAGAUAUCUUAGAGGAACACGGAACCUGGUUCUCUACUAUCCUUCAAGCUCAAGGAAGAAAAAUUCAAUGGCACUCCAACAACUGAAGCAGAAUAUGUAUCAUCAGCCUCCUGUUGUGCUCAAAUGUUGUGGACCAAGCAGCAAAUUGGAAGAACUUGAGUCCAACUCAAGCGGGCCAAAUACAUUGAUUGUUGAAGAUCAAGUUGCAGACAUCUUCACCAAAAGCCCUGGGAAGAAAGCAUUUUGA